AUGAGUGCAAUACUAUCAGCAGACGAUCUCAACGAUUUCAUCACCCCUGGUGUGGCCUGUAUUAAGCCUGUUGAGACAUUGCCCAAGAAGGACUCACAAAAUCCUGAGAAUCCCUACGAAGUAACGACAGAAGACAAGGUGCAGCCAGAGAACCUCCCACCAGCACAAAUAUCGUUGACAGACUGUCUGGCAUGUUCUGGUUGCGUCACCUCUGCAGAGGCAGUGUUGAUCUCGCUGCAAUCGCAUGCUGAAGUUCUAAAUACUCUCGAUACCUUUCCUGAGAUCUCCGUGUCUGGCCAACGGUUCAAUUCGGACAACGAUGGUCGCAUCUUUGUUGCAAGUGUCAGCCCCCAAGUGAGGGCAAGUCUGGCCGCUACAUAUGGCAUUACAGAGAGAAAGGCAGCGUACAUGAUCGACCAAUUUCUUAGCGGACCGCAGGGAUUGCGAGCAGGUGGCAAACAUGGAAGUGGCUUUUCCUGGGUGGUUGAUACCAACGUGAUGAGACAAGCUGCCUUGACUCUCACUGCAGAUGAGGUUGCGGAAUCGCUGGGGAGCGGAGACUCUUCUGUGCAAGACGCGUCCGGUUUCCCAGUCCCUAAGAGACCUAUAUUAUCAUCUGCAUGCCCUGGUUGGAUAUGCUAUGCAGAAAAGACUCAUCCUCACGUCCUUCCUCAUCUGUCACGUCUCAAGUCUCCGCAAGCCAUCACGGGCACUUUUCUCAAGACAGUAUUGAGCAAAAGUCUCGGAGUUCCUCCGUCGCGAAUCUGGCACUUGGCUAUCAUGCCUUGCUUUGACAAGAAGCUGGAAGCAAGCCGGGAAGAGUUGACCGAUUCCUCGUGGCAAACUUCAACUUCGGAAUCUCAGUCGCCUGUGCGCGAUGUCGACUGCGUUAUCACUACCCGGGAGUUGCAAAUGCUGGCAUCGUCUAGGGGCAUUUCUCUUCCGAGCCUUCCUUUGAAGCCCUUGUCGAAGUCAUACGUGCCCGAAUUUCCUGACAAGACUAUUGAGCCGUUUAUUCUUUCGAAAUCACUGCAUAAGCAAGACUCGGCUGCCGGAACAUCAGGUGGCUAUCUUUACCAUGUUCUCACUACUUUCCAGGCACGGAACCCAGGCAGUCAGAUUGUGACUCAGAGGGGAAGGAAUGCCGAUGUCGUCGAAUAUACUCUUGUGUCUGCAUCUGGAGAGCCAGUGAUUAAGGCUGCACGAUAUUACGGGUUCAGGAAUAUCCAGAAUCUCGUUAGAAAAUUGAAGCCUGCAAGAGCCUCGCGGAUGCCAGGGGCAAAGACCGCAUCUGCCAGUGCACGGAGAGGGCCGGUCUCACGGGCCGCUGGUGCUGGAGGGCCAUCUGUUGACUAUGCAUAUGUUGAAGUCAUGGCUUGUCCUGGAGGCUGCACAAAUGGUGGAGGACAGGUACGGAUCGAAGACGCUAGGGAAGCCAAUGCUAGCGCGCAGAGCAUUCCUGCAGAGGGAGCACCCGGACAGUCGUCGAAACCAACGCCUAACGAACAACGAGCUUGGCUGGCGCGUGUGGAUGAAGCAUACUAUUCGAUGGAUUCUGAGUCGGAUUCAGAGUCGUCUGAGUUGUCUCAGCAAACUUCUAUCACCGAUCGAGACACCAAAGUCCGUGAUAUUCUCACAUACUGGUCGACUACGACAGGAGUUGCGUUACCAAGACUCCUCUACACGACAUACCGAAAGGUCGAGAGUGACGUGGGUAAAGAUAAAAGUGAGGCUGGUGAGACAGCUCGCGUGGUUGAAUUGGCUAGUAAAAUCGGUGGAGGCUGGUGA